CGCUUCUCGCAGACAUAACUUCAACUCGACGUUCUCUCUGCCGCCGAGAGUACCACAGUCAUGGACCAAUCCAACAGGGCCCAUCGCCCAGUGAAAGAGAAGAAGAAGCAUACUGGUGUUAACCCAAAGGCUUUUUCGUUCGCAAAUCCCGGAAAACUUCAGAAGCAGGCGACAAGAUCUCACGAUGUUAAAGAAAAGCGACUCCAUGUUCCCAUGGUGGACCGUCUCCCCGAGGAGGCGCCACCAGUUAUCGUCUCGGUCGUCGGUCCACCCGGAGUCGGGAAAACCACCCUGAUCAAGUCCCUCGUCAAGCGCUACAGCAAACACACCCUCACGACGAUACAAGGACCGAUCACUGUUGUCACCGGAAAGCGGCGGCGCCUUACUUUCCUCGAGUGCGACAACUCCCUCGCCUCCAUGAUCGAUGUUGCCAAGAUCGCCGACUACGUUCUUCUCCUCAUCGAUGGAAAUUUCGGAUUUGAGAUGGAGACUAUGGAGUUCCUGAACAUCCUGGCGCCGCACGGUAUGCCUAGCAACAUCUUCGGAAUCCUGACGCAUCUGGAUCUGUUCAAGAGCCCGUCGAUGUUGCGCGCGACGAAGAAGCGAUUAAAGCACAGAUUCUGGUCUGAGCUUUACAACGGCGCGAAGCUUUUCUACCUCUCCGGUGUCAUCAACGGCCGCUACCCUGAUCGCGAGAUCCACAACUUGUCCCGUUUCAUUUCGGUCAUGAAAAACCCCCGUCCGAUCAUCUGGAGAAACUCGCACUACUACAUGCUGGCGGAUCGGAUGGUAGAUCUGACAGAUCCGGUGAAAAUGGAAGAGGAUGAGAAGUGUGAUCGCACGGUGGCGCUAUACGGCUAUGUUCGUGGUCUUAAUUUUCCCGCUGAGGGCGGAAGAGUUCAUGUUCCUGGUGUCGGCGAUCUCAAUGUUCAGAGUGUUGAGUCGCUCCCGGACCCAUGUCCUACACCAUACCGGACGCAGGCAGAAGGAAAGGGCCGGAGGCGACUGGGUGAGAAACAGAAGCUAUUGUAUGCGCCUAUGAGUGAUGUCGGUGGUGUGUUGGUGGAUAAGGAUGCCGUGUACAUCAACGUUCCGUCACAGAACUUCAUGGAGGGCGAAGAACAGGGAAUGGGAGAGCGCCUGGUCGUCAGCCUUCAGAAGGGCAAGAAGCCGGGUUUCGGAGCGAAGGGAGUGCAGAUCUUCUCGAACGGUGAGAUGCUGCAGAAUGUCACCGAAGAGGAGGCGGAGGAAGAGGAACCAGAAGUGGGAAAUGUUGGAAGAAAGCACCGGCGAACUGCACGAAUGCCGGACAGCAAAGACGCCGACGACGAAGAAAUGUUGGAUGACAACGACGAGGAGGAAGAGAACGAGGAGUUUGCAUCCGACGACGAAGAGGAGGACGAUGAGGAUGAGACGACGGUGCGAAGGAAGGCUGGUCGUGCGUUCCGUAACGACGAAGAUGCGGCUGCUGGAGAGGCCGAGUUGGAGUUCGCAGACAGUGAUUCUGACCUGGGCUCUGUGUCUGACCGCUCGGAUAUCGAGUUGGACGAUGGCGAUAUCGAGGACGAGUCCGACGAUGGCGAGGCGCCCCGUUGGAAGCAAAACCUCUCAGAUAAUGCACGGGCCUUGUGGCAGGAAUCACGAGGUGGAUUCGGCCGAAUACAGGACCUGUGCAGAGUCCUCUACGAUGAAAGCAUAUCUCCUGUCGAGGCUAUUUCUAAGUGGAAGGGCGAUAAAAUUAUCCCAACAGAAAUCAAAGAAGAAGCUAACGACGACGACGAUGAUGAUAACUUCUUCAAGAAGAUAGAGGAUCAGGAUGAGGACGAGGAAGCCAACGCGGCUAAGAAGAUCGCAGACCGGACACUACCUCACUAUGACCUUGACAAGCUCGAGCAAAAGUGGAGUGAGGUCGACGCUCUUGAUAGUCUACGCCGGCGAUUCAUCACUGCCAAUCUUGUUGACGACAAGGAAAAUGGUGAUGACGAUGAUGAUGAAGAAUUUGGAGGCUUUAAGGACGACAAUGAUGAGGGUGAUGGAGCGUUCGAGGAUCUCGAGACAGGAGAAGUACAUGGAGAGGGUGACGGCGAUGAGGAUGACGGUGAUGAGGAUGAUGGUAAUGAGGGUGAUGAUGAUGAGGAGGGUAAUGAGGAGGAUUCUCUGGAGGCCGAACGAGCUCGCAACGCCCGUAAAAAGGAAGAGCUGCGUCUCCGGUUUGAGGAAGAGGACCGAGAGGGAGUGAACAACGACAAAGCCGGUAUGCGCGACGGCGAUGACCAACAAUUCGGCGAGGACGACUGGUACGACGCGCAAAAGGCUGCAUUCACCAAACAGCUGGCUGUCAACGCCUCCGAAUUCGAGGAGAUGGAUGAGAUCACACGUAUGAAGAUUGAAGGAUACAAGGCCGGAUCCUAUUGCCGUGUAAUCCUUUCUGAUAUGCCGUGUGAAUUCGUUACACAUUUUGACCCCAAGUAUCCGAUCAUCGUUGGAGGUCUUACGCCCACAGAAGAUCGUUUCGGAUUCCUACAAGUCAGAAUAAAGAGACAUCGCUGGCAUAAGAAGAUCCUCAAGACCAACGAUCCUCUCAUUUUCUCUCUCGGCUGGAGACGAUUCCAAAGUAUACCCAUCUACUCCACCUCCGACUCGCGUACACGAAACCGAAUGCUCAAGUACACUCCCGAGCACAUGCACUGCUUCGGUACCUUCUAUGGUCCUCUGAUCGCCCCCAACACUGGUUUCUGCGCUGUGCAGUCUCUGCAUGGCAAGACGCCCGGUUUCCGCGUGGCAGCUACAGGAGUCGUCCUCAACGUCGACCAGAGCACCGACAUCGUCAAGAAGCUCAAACUCACCGGUGUACCCUACAAGAUCUUCAAGAACACUGCAUUCAUCAAGGACAUGUUCAACUCCUCUCUUGAAAUUGCCAAAUUCGAGGGCGCUGCCAUCCGCACCGUUUCCGGCAUCAGGGGUCAAAUUAAGCGCGCGCUGUCCGCCGCCGAAGGCCACUACCGUGCCACCUUCGAAGACAAGGUCCUCAUGAGCGACAUCGUCUUCCUGCGCGCCUGGUACCCCGUCAAGCCGCGUGCCUUCUACAACCCCGUCACCAACCUCCUCGAGUCCAGUGAAGGCAAGGAGUGGCGCGGUAUGCGCGUCACCGGACAAGUGCGAGCAGAACAGGGUCUCACGGCGCCCAUCAACGCCAACUCCACCUACAAACCGAUUGCGCGUGAAACUCGUCGCUUCAACCCUCUGCGCGUGCCAAAGGCCGUCCAGAAGGAGCUGCCGUUCAAGAGUCAGAUCAUGGCAAUGAAGCCGCAGCAGAAGAAGGGCUAUCUGGCGAAGCGUGCGGUUCUGCCCACUAAAGAGGAGAGCCGUGCCAGGGAUCUGCUCCAGAAGGUGUUGACGCUGGAUAAGGAGAAGGUGGCGAAGCGGAAGGAGAAGAAGGCCAUUGCCAACGUUAAGCACAAGAAGAAGGUCGAGGCCGGGCUUGAGAAGAAGGCGGCGAGGGAAAAGAGAGAGAAGGAUGAGUACUGGGCAAAGGAGGGCAAGAAAAGGAAGAGUAGUGGUGAUGGUGGUAGAGGGAAGAGGAGUAAGACGGACUAGUUGGCUGGCCGAAUGCUUUACGAGUUAAUGGUCGAGUCGGCUUGUGAUACUGUAUAAAUAAUUCCUUACUGUUUAGAAUAAAGAAGAGGGGGACAAAAUUUACGGUAACGUUAUGGCCUUG